AUGAAUUACGUACGAGAAUAUCACACAGCAUCCGUCUUAGCAAAUGGAUCGGUGUUAGUCACAGGUGGAGAGACUACUGGUAAUGGUUUAUUGAACAGUGCUGAGUUAUACAAUCCAUUCACAGGUACUUGGACAACAACAGGAAAUAUGAAUUAUGGACGAGAACAACACAUAGCAUCCAUCUUAGCAAAUGGAUCGGUGUUAGUUACAGGUGGAUACAAUGGUAGUCACUUGAACAGUGCUGAGUUAUACAAUCCAUUCACAGGUACUUGGACAACAAUAAGAAACAUGAAUUAUGGACGAGCAUGCCACACAGCAUCCGUCUUAGCAAAUGGAUCGGUGUUAGUUACAGGUGGAGACUAUGAUAGUGGUUCCUUGAACAGUGCUGAGUUAUACAAUCCAUUCACAGGUACUUGGACAACAACAGGAAAUAUGAGUUAUGUACGAUCAGAUCACACAGCAUCCAUCUUAGCAAAUGGAUCGGUGUUAGUUACAGGUGGAUACAAUGGUGCUUCCUUGAACAGUGCUGAGUUAUACAAUCCAUUCACAGGUACUUGGACAACAACAGGAAAUAUGAGUUAUACACGAUACUUUCACACAGCAUCCGUCUUAGCAAACGGAUCGGUGUUAGUUACAGGUGGAUUCAAUUAUAGUUAUUACUUGAACAGUGCUGAGUUAUACAAUCCAUUAACAGGUACUUGGACAACAACAGGAAAUAUGAAUUAUGGGCGAGAACACCACACAGCAUCCAUCUUAGCAAAUGGAUCGGUGUUAGUUACAGGUGGAUACAAUGGUGUUUACUUGAACAGUGCCGAAUUAUAUUAA